AAGCCCCUUUACACGUACAACACGAGCCCUGGUCUCGCAUUCGCUUCCUCGCUAUAUUUACAAUCCUGCAUCAGCUUCAUGAAGCACUUGUAGAACUGCAGUCUCGUCUUACUUGCACUCGGAGGAUCGAGAGUUGUCGCCAUUCAUGUAGCGUUCCCAUCUGCAGUUUGGGUAGCAUUCCCGUUGUGAGUUUUACUUUUGUGGGGGCGGUCAUCGUUAUCAUCGGUGAGUAGAUGCUUGUGUAGGACUAAAUUUGGUGAGGUGUGUGCUAUUCUGGCUUGUUUAAUGUUGAGAUCGUUUCUCUGGAGUUUGUGGGUUGCAGAUGUUUGCCUCCGCAGAGAGCAUUAGAAUCAAGGAGUUGAAAGCAUCCGUUUGCUUUUAAUACGCACAAUCGUUUCGGUAGUGAGCGUCAUCAUGCAUCGCGGCGAGAGGGAGCCUUAUAAUCCGUACCCUGAGGAGGGUUACGGCCGAGGAGAGGAAUUCCCAAGAAGGGAUCACCAUCACCCCCACCACCCCCACCAUUCUUCAGAAGCAGGACCUCAACAUGGCAUGAAUCUCGAGCACAGACCUCCUCCCCCGGUAGUAUAUGGAGGCUCUGCGCCACACGGGUAUUCUGAAGGACCAUACGGACAGGAAAGAAGGCCUGGUCCUUACGAAGAGCAGAAACCUGGAGGACAUGAAGGGUACACAGAUUACAGGCACGGAGGAUAUGAAGACAGGAGGAACACUUCUAAAUACCCAACUGGAUCUUAUGUUCAAAUGGAUUCGUUACCCGGCGGCUACGAUGCUGGUCCUCCGUCAGGUCAUGGUUACGGGAGUGCGGAAUACAACACCUCGCCCUAUGCGCCCGCCCCACAUCACAGAGCAAGGGAUGAGGAUGAGGGUCCUCGCCGAAGGCAGUUUCCUGGACAUCCUGUAAGAAUUCAUUGCAAGGCGGAUCCUAGUUACAACCUCGCUGUGGUACCUGGCCAAGGCCCGGUUAUGGUUCCCACUGACAUAAGCGAUGAUUACCAGGUGUGGUACAAGGAUGAGACUAUAAGCACUCGAGUGACGGAUGAAACUGGAGCUAGUGCCUUCUCUUUGAUCAACAAGGCUACAGGUCAAGCUUUGCGACAUGCACCUGAGGACCUGAAGCAGUGCCUUUUGACCCAGUAUGAACCCAACGGUCUCGAUGACACCAUUUGGUGGACAAUGAGUGAGGAUAUGGGCCAGGGAUACCACUGCAUCCGUCUUGCGACGGAUAUCACCCGAAACAUGGAUGUUCUUCGUGGGGAUAAGAAAUCGGGGGGUGUGAAAGAGGGAUCGCCUGUCAUUACAUUUGCUUGGAAAAAACAGGAUAACCAAAUCUGGAAGAUGACCCCUGCUUGAGGAGGAUGUUGUGGUUGGUGUGUUAAAACGCACACUUGCAUUUGAAAAGUCUGCGAUGCGGAUGUUGAAGUUAGAGGACCCGUCUAUAAGUGGGUUCUAUAAUUGUGCAUGUAAGGUUCUGCUUGAUGGCAUAAUGUAGGAAUGUUCGCAAGUAUGAGUGCAGGUGGGUUCGCAACUAAUUGAUCUUACAGCUGCAGCAAGAUUAUUUGAGGAAAGUUGUUUAUAUGUCUUCAACUACUUAUAAUACAAUGCAUAUAUUUUUGUAUAGUACCUCAAGCAUUGAGCGUUUAGUAAUUUCAGAUUUAUUAAACAGGAUAUUAUGUUUUGCCGAUCUUUCAGGCCAUUAUCAAUCUAUCAAUAGUCCUUGCAGUUGAAUUAAA